AUUCCUACAAGAAUCGCGCCCAAUUGCCACCCGUACUUAUGGUGGACAACGACCUGCCUUGCCGUUAUACAUCGCCUCACACAAGCACAGAGGGCCAUUACUGUACGUAUAACUCGGGACCAACUUCGCGCCCGGUAGCUGCUUUUGACAGGGAAGUAAACAACAAUUUGCGUCUCUGCAAUUUCCAGCAGGAAUUGCUUUGGGGCAUUUUAGAAUGUCUUCUUCAGAGACAGAUUUUCCACUAAACUCAACUGCAAACCACAGAUAAAAAUAAAGGUCAAUUGAUAGGUCAUUAUUGUCAGAAUUGCAGAAAGCAAAAGGCUGAAAUGAAACUGAAUUGAUUUA